CUGUUAUUCUUCGGUUUGCCUCCUCCCAGUGGCGUGGAUUUGCUCCCGACCCGCUUUUGGGGCGUGCCUGCUUCCUCCUCUCUGUUAGGACCACCAGCAAAAUGCUCUGGGCUGACUGGCUCACGUAUUAGAAACAAUCACUGGAACAAGGGAGGAUGGGAUUAACCUGAUUGGCUUUGACCACUGGGACAGGAGUCAAGGGAGCCUGACACUGAGGGCUGGCGGCUUUUCUGGAGCGGGCCAGGGGGAGGAGGAGAAAGGAGCUCCCGGGAUCCCCUCGCCCCCUCCCCCAACUGCCCGGUGCGGCUGGUGAUCGCCGAGAAGGGCCUGGUGUGCGAGGAGCGGGACGUGAGCCUGCCACAGAGCGAGCACAAGGAGCCGUGGUUCAUGCGGCUCAACCUGGGCGAGGAGGUGCCCGUCAUCAUCCACCGCGACAACAUCAUCAGUGACUAUGACCAGAUCAUUGACUAUGUGGAGCGCACCUUCACAGGAGAGCACGUGGUGGCCCUGAUGCCCGAGGUGGGCAGCCUGCAGCACGCACGGGUGCUGCAGUACCGGGAGCUGCUGGACGCGCUGCCCAUGGAUGCCUACACGCAUGGCUGCAUCCUGCAUCCCGAGCUCACCACCGACUCCAUGAUCCCCAAGUACGCCACGGCCGAGAUCCGCAGACAUUUAGCCAAUGCCACCACGGACCUCAUGAAACUGGACCAUGAAGAGGAGCCCCAGCUCUCCGAGCCCUACCUUUCUAAACAAAAGAAGCUCAUGGCCAAGAUCUUGGAGCAUGAUGAUGUGAGCUACCUGAAGAAGAUCCUCGGGGAACUGGCCAUGGUGCUGGACCAGAUUGAGGCGGAGCUGGAGAAGAGGAAGCUGGAGAACGAGGGGCAGAAAUGCGAGCUGUGGCUCUGUGGCUGUGCCUUCACCCUCGCUGAUGUCCUCCUGGGAGCCACCCUGCACCGCCUCAAGUUCCUGGGACUGUCCAAGAAAUACUGGGAAGAUGGCAGCCGGCCCAACCUGCAGUCCUUCUUUGAGAGGGUCCAGAGACGCUUUGCCUUCCGGAAAGUCCUGGGUGACAUCCACACCACCCUGCUGUCGGCCGUCAUCCCCAAUGCUUUCCGGCUGGUCAAGAGGAAACCCCCAUCCUUCUUCGGGGCGUCCUUCCUCAUGGGCUCCCUGGGUGGGAUGGGCUACUUUGCCUACUGGUACCUCAAGAAAAAAUACAUCUAGGGCCAGGCCUGGGGCUUGGUGUCUGAC